AGAAACAACAAGCCGCCAUUUUGUUUUGUGCGGCCAGAGGAGCGGAGGAGGCACGAGAGGCAGACCGAAGAGAGCCGCUCCAAACCCGGGCACGGCGCGCACUGAGAGCCGCGGUCUACUGAAAGAACAGGAGAGAAGAGAAAGGUGGAGAAAAAAACGACAGAUCGAGAUAAAAAACUGAAAAAUCCACUCGGUGAAAAUCUGAAGAAGAGGCGGAAGGGGAUUUAAAAAAAAAAAAAAAAAAAAAACGAGAGGAAAAAAAAAACAACAACCCUGCGGAGGACAAGAGACGGAGAGAAAAGAGGAGAAAAAAUACAAUUCUUCUCUUUUCCACUUUUUUUUUUUUUUUUUUUGUCGGUGAGUACAGAAUGGAUGCGAUAUGAAAAGACGGAGGACGGCGUAAAAGUGAAGGACGUCCACAACAAAGUGAAGAAAAGAACCGAGAAGAAGUGAGAGAAAGAGAGAAAGAAGGGAGAAAUGAAGGCGCAGGGGGUCACGGCACCAGAAAAGCCUGGGGCGCGUUUAUCAGAACCCCGAAAUAUCUCGCAGUGCACAUCUCGGAUCUGAUCGAAAAACCUUCACCAUUAAUGCGGCUGGAUUCCGUCUGCACUCGUCUCAUCACGGGCUUUCUCUCCUUCACCUGAUUGCUCACGGAUUUGUUCCCCAUUUCUUCUACUUACAAGCUUGAUUAGAGUUGGUUAGAACCACAAAGUGAGCAGAUCCAUCCAGCACUGCUACAGCUCUCUCUCUCUCUCUCUCUCUCUCUCUCUCUCUCUCUCUCUCUCUCUCUCUCUCUUUCUUACUGUCCACCAACAACACUACUGCACAAACAGAAGAAAUCCUACUCCUUAUCGAAGUGUAAACGACUACGAGUUUUCCUCUUCACACUGAGCCAUCAGAUCCUGAACCACGACCGAUUUCUUCGCACGCACAGACGUCGGACGUCGUCCGCCCGCCCGCAGGAGGUUCUUCGAUUCUUCUGAGCCGUUUUAGCUGUAGAUCAGUGCAUAUGUGCUUAAGAGAUGUGGUCCUGCACGAUCGGUGGUUCCGUCCCGUCGUGAAAACACUAAGGUGCGUUCGGGAACCGAGUUGGUGCAUCUGGACGGUUCUUCAGCACACGAGCGGUAUUUCGUGCCAUUGUAUCAGUCCUGCAGAAGCACAGAUGACUUUAUCUGGAUCGAAUCAAGUUUUUUUGAACGGUGUCGCACGUGCACGUCGGUUACGUGAACCGUGACGUGUUCGUUUUCACGUAUCGUAAAGUUGGCGUGUCGAUGAGGCGAGAUUCGAGGACUUCCUGGAUGACUUCUGGAAUCGAGCGAAUAAGCUGGAGGCAGAUGGCUACGACUGCCAUGGAGAAUUUCAGGAUUGUGGAGAUCUUCAGGACCACCGUAUGAAACGGGCACAGAAUUCUGUUUGGCUUCUGACCGCAUUGAGUUUCCCAUCGAUCCCCAGUUCGAUUGGCGUCCAAACGAAGCUCCGGCAACUAAAACACUAUGAUAAUCCAGAGACGUCCAAGAAAAUCGACUCCCGGUUUCUCGAUAAUUUGUCUAAAUCUAUGAAAUAAACUUGAGGGAAAUUAGCAUUAUAAUUGAGGGAAUUUCAGAUUUGACUUUUCCUCUAUUGGUUUUAUGAAAGUGGACAAAUUUUAAUAAAUUCCUCAAACAUUUACUCACUCGGACAAGUGAAUUGUCCUAUCCUGUGCGGAUAUAUAUGCUUUAAUACAGAAUCGGUGGAGAAAUAUGGCCGAUAAUGUUUUGGACUCGGGGCCGUCUUCAGCCAAAAGGCCUAAAUUGUCCUCUCCUGCUCUCUCGGGUUCUGCGAGCGAUGCGAAUGACUUCAGUUCCCUCUUCGACCUGGAGCAUGACCUUCCUGAUGAGCUCAUCAGUUCGUCUGACUUGGCACUGCCCAACGGAGGGGUUGACGUGUGCCAGCCUUCCUCCCUCGGCCCGAUCCAGGACACGGCCGCCAAACACAAGCAGCUGUCCGAGCUCCUGUGCUCCGCCUCGCCGCAGCAGCAGGCAGGUAUGAUGGCACCGGCCGGCUUUAACAGGCCAAUGAUGGCAGCACAGAAAGGAAAUGGGCAGACACAGGGCAUUAUGGGAGGGCAAGCCAUGAACGGUGUACCCAGGAUGGGUUACGUCAACGCUAACGCUGGCAUGAACAUGGCCGACCCUCUGCAGCAGCAGCAGCUCAGAGCUCAGCAACCCGGAGCCGUCAACAAGAUGAUGGCCGGUGCUGGCUCCGCCCCCUUCAUGCCUCCUUACUCCCAUGGCGGAGCUCAGUCAUCUCUUGCCUCGUCUCUGCAGAACAAAGCGUCUCCGACCCUGUCCCAGUUUGGCGUGGACCAGAAAGCCCAGCCUGGUCAGAGUGUCUCCGGCCUGGCGGUGGCGCCCCCUGUGGCUGAUCCUGAGAAGAGGAAGUUGAUCCAGCAGCAACUCGUCCUCCUUCUUCACGCUCAUAAGUGUCAGCGUCGGGAGCAGAGUAACGGAGAGCUGUCUCACUGCAGUCUGCCUCACUGCAGGACCAUGAAGAACGUGCUCAAUCACAUGACCCACUGUCAGGCCGGGAAAACCUGCCAGGUGGCACACUGUGCAUCGUCAAGGCAGAUCAUCUCUCAUUGGAAGAACUGCACUCGACAUGACUGUCCCGUCUGUCUGCCUUUGAAAAAUGCAGGAGACAAGAGGAACCAGCAAUCUCUGUUAGGUGGAGCCAGUGUGGCAGUGGGUGGGUCUGUGGGUGCCUCCACCCCCUGUGCCCCACCCUCAGGAUCCAGUCUGAACUCAGCGGGUCAGAUUGACCCAAGCUCCAUCGAGAGAGCAUACGCCGCACUCGGGCUCAGCUACACCGGCCAGACGGGUCAAAUCACACCCUCUACUGCAAUGGGUGCUAAUCAGGUUGGUGUUAAUGGCAGUGUUGGUGUUCAGGCGCAAACCCAGCAGUCCAACCACCUACCAGACGCUCUGUUACACCGAAACAUCAACACACACAGUCUGAUGACUGAUGGAGGAGGGGCGGGGUCUAUGAGUUCUGGUCCUAUAGCCACACCCCCUUCUGCAGGAAUGAGGAAGAGUUGGCAUGAGGACAUCACACAGGACCUGCGGAACCACCUUGUCCACAAACUUGUCCAGGCCAUCUUCCCUACCCCGGAUCCCGCGGCUCUGAAGGACAGGAGGAUGGAGAACCUGGUGGCGUACGCACGCAAAGUGGAGGGAGACAUGUACGAGUCCGCCAACAGCAGAGCUGAAUAUUAUCACCUGCUUGCGGAGAAGAUCUAUAAGAUCCAGAAGGAGUUGGAGGAGAAGAGAAAAACUCGACUACAGAAACAGACUACACACACAGAAAAUGGUCCUCUGGCAGAUCCGUCACUUCUUCGUCCCACUGGACCGAACCAGAUGGUCAACAGAAUGCCAAAUCCUGCUGGUAUGACCCAGUUCGGUCAGAUGGGAGCACAGCCACAGCACAUGAACCAGCUGGGCAUGCAGGGAGUACCCAGAAUGCCCCAGUCCAACAUGACUCAGCUACAGAACCAGUUCAACCAGAACCAGUUCCCGUUAGCUGGUUCCGGCUCGGUCCAGAUGUCCACUCCACCGCUGCUCAAUAGUCCAGCAGUCCAGACUCCACCCACAAGCUCCACAUCUAACCUUCCACCUGCUUCACAACUCCAGACUCCGCCCAUACACCAAACCGCACCCUCACCAGCUGCAAGGCUCACGCCCACCCCUCGCCAGACCCCGCCCCCUUUGCCUGGCAAUCAGACGCCACAGCCACAAACGCCCAACUCGGGCAUCAUGGCCCCACCCACCCCACAGCAGCUGGACCGAACCAAUCAGAUGCAGUCGCAGGGAGGCGGAGCCUCUGAAGCAUUGUCUGUGCCUUCCCAGGAUGCUCAGGGGCCGAAUUCUCAGCCACAGACUCCGCGAUCUCAAAAGCCACCAAUGAUGACGGACUGUCCGUCGGUGACCCCGGCCUCAGCGGGCUCCGUCGACCCUGAGAUUAACUCGGCUCCUGAAACUGAUAUAAAAAUGGAGGUGAAAAAACAGGAAGAGGAAGAGGAGGAGACUCGGGAGGAAGAGGCAAAAAUGAAGACAGAAGCCGUGCAGGAGGAGGUGAAGACCGAGGAGAAUCCGGAGAUUAAGAAGGAGGAGCCAGAGUCCGAACUGCGUAAGGCGGAGCCAAUGGAGGCGUCAACCGAGAGGACGGGACAGGACAAGAAGCCUGAGAUAAAGUCUGAGCCCAAAGAGGAAAAAGAGACGACAAACGACUCGUCCACAGAGAGCAAGAAGAAGAUCUUUAAACCGGAGGAGAUGCGUGAGGUUCUCAUGCCCACCCUGGAGGCACUCUACAAGCAGGAUCCUGAGUCACUGCCCUUCCGCCAGCCCGUUGACCCGCAGAUCCUCGGCAUCCCUGACUACUUUGACAUUGUGAAGAAUCCCAUGGACCUGUCCACUAUAAAGCGGAAGCUGGACACGGGUCAGUACCAGGAGCCGUGGCAGUACGUGGACGACAUCUGGCUGAUGUUCAACAACGCCUGGCUUUACAACCGCAAGACCUCUCGCGUGUAUAAAUACUGCUCCAAACUGGCCGAAGUGUUCGAGCAGGAGAUCGACCCCGUCAUGCAGAGCCUCGGCUUCUGCUGCGGCCGGAAGCUGGAAUUUUCUCCUCAAACUCUGUGCUGCUACGGGAAGCAACUGUGCACAAUCCCUCGAGAUGCUGCCUACUUCAGCUACCAAAACAGUUCACCCAAAUAUGGGCUUCUUGCUAACAGGUACCACUUCUGUGAGAAGUGUUUCAAUGAAAUCCAGGGUGAGAACGUGUCCCUGAGCGACGACCCCACGCAGCCACAAACAUCCAUCAAUAAAGACCAGUUUGAAAAAAAGAAGAACGACACACUGGACCCUGAGCUGUUUCUGGCAUGUUCCGACUGCGCUCGUAAAAUGCAUCAGCUCUGCGUCCUGCACAACGAGACGAUCUGGCCGUCAGGCUUCGUAUGCGAUGGUUGUCUCAAGGCAUCCAAUAAGUCACGGAAGGAGAAUAAAUACAACGCCAAAAGGCUUCCUCAAACAAAGCUGGGCAACUUCCUGGAGACGCGAGUGAACGAGUUCCUGAAGCGACAGAGUCAUCCAGAAACCGGCGACGUUACCAUCCGCGUGGUUCACGUUUCCGACAAAAUGGUUGAAGUGAAGCCAGGAAUGAAGUCCAGAUUUGUGGACAGCGGUGAAAUGGCCGAGUCUUUUCCCUACCGGACGAAAGCUCUGUUUGCGUUCGAGGACAUCAGCGGGGUGGAUGUGUGUUUUUUCGGAAUGCAUGUACAAGAAUAUGGCUCGGAUUGUCCUCCACCCAAUCAGAGACGUGUGUAUAUCUCCUACCUGGACAGCGUGCACUUUUUUCAGCCACGUCACCUGAGGACAGGUGUGUAUCACGAGAUCUUAGUCGGGUACCUGGAGUAUGUGAAGAGAUUAGGGUUCACUACGGGACAUAUCUGGGCGUGUCCGCCAAGUGAAGGAGACGACUACAUCUUCCACUGUCACCCGCCGGAUCAGAAGAUCCCCAAACCCAAACGGCUGCAGGAGUGGUACAAGAAGAUGUUAGACAAGGCUGUAGCAGAGCGAAUUGUUCACGAUUACAAGGACAUCUUUAAACAGGCAACCGAGGAUCGCCUAACAAGUGCAAAGGAACUGCCUUAUUUUGAAGGAGAUUUCUGGCCCAACGUUCUAGAAGAGAGCAUCAAAGAGCUUGAGCAAGAAGAGGAGGAGAGGAAAAGGGAGGAGAAUAGCACCUCCAAUGAAAGUGUUGAUGCCACCGAGGGUGACAGCAAGAACGCAAAGAAAAAGAACAACAAGAAGACAAACAAGAACAAAAGCAGCAUGAGCCGAGCCAACAAGAAGAAACCAGGCGUUCCCAAUGUCUCAAACGACCUUUCCCAAAAACUAUACGCCACCAUGGAGAAACACAAAGAGGUCUUCUUCGUCAUUCGUCUCAUCGCCGGCCCUACCGUCAACUCGCUACCUGCUAUUAUAGAUCCAGACCCCCUGAUGGCAUGCGACCUGAUGGACGGACGUGAUGCCUUUCUGACGCUGGCUCGUGACAGGCACCUGGAGUUCAGCUCUUUGCGAAGAGCCAAGUGGAGCUCGAUGUGUAUGCUGGUGGAACUGCACAACCAAAGCCAGGAUCGCUUUGUCUACACCUGCAAUGAGUGCAAACAUCAUGUGGAGACACGCUUCCACUGCACCGUCUGUGAGGACUAUGACCUUUGCAUCACUUGCUAUAAAACUAAGGGUCAUGAGCACAAGAUGGAGAAGCUUGGUCUGGGUCUGGACGAUGAGAGUAGCAACCAGGCAACAGCGGCCACUCAGAACCCUGGUGAUUCUCGUCGUCUUAGCAUCCAGCGCUGCAUUCAGUCUCUGGUGCAUGCCUGUCAGUGUCGCAAUGCUAACUGCUCCCUGCCAUCUUGCCAGAAGAUGAAGAGGGUGGUGCAGCACACAAAGGGCUGCAAGCGCAAGACAAAUGGUGGAUGUCCCAUCUGCAAGCAGCUCAUUGCUUUGUGCUGCUAUCAUGCCAAACACUGCCAGGAGAACAAGUGUCCUGUGCCAUUUUGCCUCAACAUAAAGCAGAAACUCAGACAGCAGCAGCUGCAGCACAGACUACAGCAAGCGCAGAUGCUGCGUAGGCGCAUGGCCACUAUGCAGCGGACUGGGCAGCCUCCUCUCGGUGGUGGACCACCUGGAGGGAUGCCAUCUCCAGGAAACAACUGCACCACGGGUCGUAGCACACCAACAUCAGUGGGUACCCAGCCUCCCACCCCUCAGACACCUACCCAGCAGAGUCUUGCACCUGUGCCCCAGCCUGGAAUGGGAGGCAUUCCUGUUGCAUCCCCUCAGCAGCUGCAGCAACCACAGGGCAACAUGCCUCCCCAGCACCCUGCCCAUCAACAAUUUCAACAAAUGCAAGGUGCUCCAGGAAUGAUGACAUCUCCCCAGCCCCAAAUGGUUCCUCAACAACAGACAGGACAGUCACCACAUCCCAACAGCUUGUCUCAGUAUGGCCCACGAACCCCAGUCUCUACAGGCAAACCAGGCCUGGGUCCUGCAAGCCCCAGCAGCUUAGGGACAGGCCCACUGCAGCAGUCGGGUCCGCCACCGGCAGCUGUGGAGAUUGCAAAGAAGAUCCAGCAAGUGGCAGAUGCACAAAGAAAUAUGGCAAAAGCUCAACUAUUGCAGAGGCAAGCUACUCAGCCAGGCAUGAUGCCGUCUCACCCACACCCACAACCCCAAGUGCAAAUGGGGAUGACCCAUCCAGGAGUUGGAAUGGUAGGUGGAACAGGGCUCCCUCCUCAUGCCCAAGCUACUGUAUCCCGAGGCCCAAUAGACCAGCAGCAGGCACUUCAAGGAAUGAUGGUUGGAGCAGGAACCAUGCAGCAGCAACCUGUACCACAAGCUAAUGCACAGGGCCAGCUUCCUCCACAGGUGCAAAUGCAGCAAAGACCCAAUGUGCAGCUUCAGCCUUCUGCUCAGCAGCAAUGGACAGGACAGGGGAUUCCACCUCAGCAGAGACCUCCAGUUAUGAACCAGCCGGGAGUGGCUACAAUGCAGCAACAAAUGCAGCAGCCUCAACCACCACAGCAGCAACAGCAAAUGCCAAAUCACAAUGCCUUGAUGAAUAUGGUGCAGGGUGGACUGCAGGGUGGUGCUGCAGGUGGAAUAGCAGGUGGAAGUCUUCCUCAGGGAACCGUGCAGGAACUCCUGCAAACACUUCGAUCACCUAGCUCACCUCAGCAGCAGCAGCAGGUUCUCAACAUUCUCCGAUCCAACCCACAACUAAUGGCUGCAUUUAUAAAGCAGCGGGUUUACAAGUAUAAAAAUGGGCCAGGAGGGCUCCCUCCUGCUGGUGCACAGGGAGGGCCAGGGCCUAUGAGCAGCCAGUCAGUAGGAAUCAGUGCUUGUGGUAUUCAGCCAUCCAUGAAUAUGGGACAAGCCCAACUUGCCCAGCUCCAACAACAGCAAAUGCAACAACCUCAGAGGCCCAUGCUUCAGCAACAACAAGUCACCGGGUUACAACAGCAGCAACAACAAGGAAUGCCAGGGCAAGUGCCUCCCAACAUGAAUCCACAGUUCAGAGAGCUUUUGUUAAGAAGACAACAGCAGAAACUACAGCUUCAACAACAACAACAGCAACAACAACAACAGCAGCAGCAGUCAGGGGGAAAUCAUGCUGCAUUCCCACAGCAGCAGGGCUACAUUGGUCAGCAGUCACAACCAGGGGUGCAACCUGGGGCCCCGCAGCAGGGUUAUCCUGGCAACUCAGCACAGCAGCAGGGCUACCCAGGCAAUUCAGCCCAGGGCUUCCCAGGUAACGCUGCACAGCAGCAAGCAUACCCUGCCAAUCCACAACAGCAGCAGGGUUACCCCGGCAAUUCGGCCCAGCAGCAGGGUUAUCCAGGCAAUUCGGCCCAGCAGCAGGGUUAUCCAGGUAGCUCAGCUCAGCCGCAGGGUUACCCAGGCAACUCGACCCAGCCGCAGGGUUUUCCAGGCAACUCGACCCAGCAGCAGGGUUUUCCAGGCAACACAACCCAGCAGCAGGGUUUUCCAGGCAACACAACCCAGCCGCAGGGUUUUCCAGGAAACUUGACCCAGCAGCAGGGUUUUCCAGGAAACUUGACCCAGCAGCAGGCUUUUCCAGGAAACUCGGCACAGCAGCAGGGCUUCCCAAGCAACACUGCACAGCAACAGGCUGCUGCAGCAGCCUUGCAGCAGAGACUGCAGCAUCAACACAGGUUGCAAAUGCAGCAGCAGAAUGCUGGGCUGCAAGGGCCUGAUAGAGGAGGUGCACAGAUGCAGCCAGGACAAGGAGGUGCACAGCCUUCACCAUCUCCGGCAAUGCUGCAGCAAGCAAUCCACCAGCGACUGCUGCAGCAACAAAAGCAGCACCUAGGUGGGACUUCACCUGCACAGCAGAACAAUCCCAUGAGCCCACAACAGCAAAUGUCACAAUCGCCUCACCUACAGGGCCAGCCGCUGCCCAACUCUCUCAGCAACCAAGUGCGAUCGCCUCAACCCUCCCCUCGUCCACAAUCACAGCCGCCACAUUCAAGUCCAUCCCCACGAAUGCAGCAGCCCCAGACAGCUUCCCCACACCCCGCCCAUCUUCAGCAGCACCUACCUGGCAUGGCUCCUCCACCACCUCCUCCCCAGCUACAACAGAAUGCUAUGGACCCUGGCGGGAAUCCGAUGCUACCGCAUCUCGGCAGCAUGGUGGGACUCCAUCCUUCAGGAACAAAGGACAUACGGCCCCCUAGUGGGCAGGAUCUUGGGGUGAAUAUGAACCCAUUGGACAUAUAGUUAGAAAACCUUGCCAGAGACAGUGUUAGCUUUGUUUUUUAUAUAUUACGGUUAUUAAUUAUUUAAAUUUUUCUUAACUACGAACACCUUGAACUCUGAUCUUCCUAUGGGAGAUGCAGAAAUUACAGAACCGGAAUGUUAUGAGUAUGAACGCUAAAUUAUGGCUCUUUUCCUUGUCCUUUCUGUUUUUGCCAAUUGUGAACAAAUAAAGGCUUGUUUCUCAGACUCAGAGAAUAGAACAGGUAAUAUUUUCAGGCCUGGGGGAGUAUUUACCUUUUUAAGAUAUAUUUUUAAUAUUUUAAAAAUGUAAAGUACUGAUUUAUUGAAUGCAAUGGGUUUUAUUUUAUAAAUAUUUUUUUUCUCCUUGAAGCAGUCUCUGUUACUAUUUUUACAGGACAGAAAUGUGACAAACGUUACAAUUCCUGUUUCGGUUUUUUAUUUUAUUUUAUUGUUAAUUAUUCAAUUGUCAUAUCUUCAUUGAAAAAGUUUGGUUUUGCAUUCUGUUAUUUAUUCUAGUGAUAUUUGUUUUUGCUCCUGGAGACUGCUACAAUUCUACAGAGUCUAUUUUUAAUACCUGGGAAUUUGCAGACUGGUUUCUUUACCUUUUACGUUGACGGAUAUAAAGUGGAAUCAGUGUUGUGGGCUGAAAGGCUAAGUGAUGUCGGCCAGUGGACUUUUUUAUUCUUUUGUGCCACAUUUGUUUAAAAUGCCUAGCCAUAGUGUCCACAUGGGGCAAACGUGUGUGUGUGUACUUGUUUUGACACUUACUGGUUGGUGGAGGUGUAUAUUCGCAGAAGUGCGCGUGUGUGUGUGUGUGUGUGCGCGCGUGUGCGUGAGAUAUGCAUAGAUGAGUUUAGAGAUUAUCUAAAGGACUGAUCUCUCCUUCCACAUUGCCUCCACUUUCAGAAAUCUCAUUGCGCUGAUUUUCUUCUUCUUUUUUUUUUUUAAGUUUAAUUUAAUUAUUUUUUACUGUACAAAGGAUCAAACCUUGGACUCCAUACCAUUUUUGUAAUAAAAUGAUAUCAACAA